CGUUGUACUAAUUCGCACUCGCUUUUCGAGCAUACCUCAAGGGAGAAAUCCUAACUCAUCAAUUCAUUCCCUUGUCCUCAUUCUCCAUCAUUCCCGCAUCACCAUUCGUCAUGACUCUCAAUUCGAACCCCCAGGCCCGCAUCUCACAUCUGCCGCGAGCAGAUGGCUCGGCAACGUUUUCAAGAGGCGGCUAUUGCGUGGUUGCGGCCGUCAAUGGGCCGAUUGAGGUCCAACGACGAGACGAAAACCCCUUCGAAUCAGUCGUUGAUGUUGUCGUACGACCUGCUGCAGGGGUUGGAGGCACAGGAGAACGCCAACUCGAGAACAUCUUGCGGUCCGCCCUUCGCCAGCUGAUUCCCGUCAAGAAUUUUCCUCGAUGUCUUAUUCAGGUUACGCUCCAGGUGACUGAGACGCCGCAGAAUGACUAUGCAAACAGCAAAGUAGUACAAGCUCAGUCUAGUCUGCCCCUGCUACCGGCUCUCUUUCACAGCGCCAUCUUGGCCUUGCUGUCGGCUGCUGUGCCUUUGAAGGCUAUUGCCACAUGUGCCACUUUGGCCGUUGUCCAGAAGGGUGACAAGAUCAUCGCUGACCCGUCUCCUCUGGAGAUUGACCAGUCAAAAUCGCUUCACGUUGUCAUCUUCACGUCGGAGAACGACCUGUUGUUGUUGGAGAGUGAGGGGACGUUCUCCAUGGCCGAGUGGGAUGAAGUGAUCAACAAAGGUCAACCAGUGUGCAGCCAACACCGUCAAGCGGAGCUAGGUGACGCCAUGGACGAUGACAGCCAAGACGCAACCGACAUGCAGCAGUUCAUCCGGACCGUCAUGGAAUCAAAGGCUGCGUAAAAUCAGCCCAUCAAUCGAAGUAUGCAGGGUCUUGGAACCGCCGAGCGACAACCGAGGCGCGGGUGGUUCCUUAUUCAGGAGUUCCAGUGAAGAAGAGAUGUCGACACUGGCUCAAUGUAAUCGAUGAUAAGAAGGACGAUACCAACGAGCAACGCGCGGCAUCGACGUCUAGCCUCUAGGUAUCAGGGACGGCGCCCUUGUAUCAAAAGGGAUGGUCUGGAUUGGUUCACUCAGUUAUCAACGGUGAAAACGACAGACUGGGGAGAGUAUCGAAACGAGACGGCCGACGGGGUGGCAAGACGAAUUAUCAUGAGGUUUCCUCAGGGGAAGAGCAACGAUGACAGCAGCUGGAAACACUGUUGGAGCUGGGAGCCGGGGACCGGCUCGGCAAUGGGCCUAUUCACAGGCUAUCACUUAUCACAAACGUCAGAAGCAGUAGCAACAUGACACGGAAGACAAGGGCCAGAAAGUUAUCCCGCGGCCGAUGUUGGGAGAAGUAACUUGACUGGGUCAGGUCGCAUAUCAAAGUCAAGUAAAGUGGAUUGGUACUUAUCGACGGCGUUGUUUGGCCUGUUUGAAGGUCGCUGAAAAUGCGGCGUGAGGCGGUGUUUCAGCUCGAUCUCAGGGGUCCUGAAGCGGGCAGGGGCACGGGGAAACCUGCGACAAUGACAGGCCCCGAGGUUAGGAGCUACCGGGUGUUUCUGACCAGGACGUCUCCCAUAGCGGUGUUACCUUUGACGCUCUCCCGCCUGCGGAGGAAAC